ACAGGUGGACUGUUCGACAUGGGAGACGAGAAGCAGGAGAUAGCCUUCAGGUACGCCGUAGACAGCGUCAACCACCGCGAGAGACUCCUCAGCCCGUCAGAACUACACACCAUGAUAGAGCACAUCCCGCCCUUCGACUCCUUCCACGCCUCAAAGAGAGGGGCCCCAGUCAGGCCAGACCUCGGCCCACGUCCAGUCCAUCUGUGACGCCCUGGAGAUUCCUCACAUCGAGACGCGCUGGGACUUCCGUCUCCGGCGGGACGACUACUCCGUCAACCUCUACCCGCACCCGUCCUCCCUCAGUAAGGCGUACCUGGACCUGGUGCGGGUGCUGGAAUGGCGGUCGUUCUGCAUCCUGUACGAGGACAACGACGGCCUGGUGAGGAUGCAGGAGCUCCUCAAGACGCCUUCACCUAACGAGUUCAAGGUCUCCAUCAGACAGCUGCCCCGCGGUAACGAUUACAGAGGCGUACUGAACGAAGUGAAGGCGACGUUGGAGCAGAACAUAAUCCUGGACUGCAAGACAGAGCAUGUGGGCGAGGUGCUGAAGCAGGCGCAGCAGAUCGGCAUGAUGUCCUCCUUCCAGAACUAUAUCAUCUCCUCCCUGGACCUGCACCUGGUAAACCUGGAGGACUUCAAGUACGGGGGUUCGAACGUGACGGCGGUGCGACUCAUUGACCCGGAGCGGGAGGAGGUGAAGAACGUGAUGGAGGACUGGCAGGCGGGGCGCGUAAUGUACACCAAUAAGCUGCACGACGAUGACCUGAUCAUGAAGCCGAGGAAUAAAAGUUUCUGGACGACCGAGACGGCGCUCAUGUACGACGCGGUGAAGCUCUUCGUGCUGGCCAUCAAGGCCCUGGACAGCUCUACGGACGUGCAGAUGACGCAGCUGGUGUGCGAGGGGGAGGACGCCUGGGUCCACGGCAACUCUCUCAUCAACUACAUGAAGCUGGAGAAGCUACAGGGACUGACGGGCCACAUAGAGUUCGACGCCCUGGGCUUCCGGACGGACUUCACCCUCGAUAUUGUUGAGUUAGGCAUGCAGAACCUCACUAAGUCUAGCCAGGUCAUCAAAGUGGGGACGUGGAACAAGAAGACCGGCGCCAAUUACACCAGGACCUACCAGGAGACCCUCAAGAGAGGCGCCUUUGGUCUCCAGAACAGGACCCUCACCGUCUCCUUCGCCUACAACGACCCCUACAUCAUGCUGAAGGAGAGCUCGGAGCAGCUGACUGGCAAUGACAGGUUCGAGGGAUUCUGCAUCGACCUGCUGAACGAGAUCGCCAGCAUCCUCAAGUUCAACUACACCCUGGUGCCUGUCCCAGAGAACAAGUACGGCAACAAGAACAGGACCACGGGCGAGUGGAACGGCAUGAUCAGGGAGCUGCUCGAGCAGGGCAGUCUCGACCCGCAUGGUGGCGGGUAUGUGGUGGUUCUUCACCCUCAUCAUGAUCUCUUCCUACACCGCCAACCUCGCCGCCUUCCUCACCGUCGAGCGCAUGGAAUCCCCAAUCGAGUCCGCCGAAGACCUGGCCAAGCAGACGAAGAUCAAGUACGGGUCUCUGUCGUCGGGCACCACAACCUCCUUCUUCAGAGACUCGACGCUGCCAACCUACGCGCGCAUGUGGGCCUUCAUGGAGUCGACGAGCCCGUCCGUCUUCGUCCAGUCCAACGCUAUGGGUGUCAAGAGGGUUCAGGAGGAGAACGGUCUGUACGCCUACCUGAUGGAGUCCACUUCCAUUGAGUACGUCACGGAGAGGAACUGUGAUUUGACGCAGGUGGGCGGCCUCCUGGACUCCAAGAGCUACGGCAUCGCCCUUCCCCCGCGCUCGCCCUACACCGGCGCCAUCAGCAGCGCUAUACUGGCUCUCCAGGAGACCUCCACCAUACAGCUGCUCAAACGCAAGUGGUGGAGCCAGAGGGGUGGGGCAGGCAGGUGUAAUAACGAUAAGGAGGAGGCGGGCGGAAGCAGCAUGGCGAGUGAGCUGAACCUGUCUAAUGUAGGUGGGGUGUUCGUUGUGCUGCUGGGUGGCAUGGGCCUCGCCCUCGUCGUCGCCAUGGGAGAGUUCAUCCUCGAGUGCUGGGACAUCGCCAAGGAUGACCAGGUGUCUCUGUUAAGCGUCUUGAGCACGGAGCUGCGGUUCGUCUUCAAGUGUAAGGGUUCCUCCAAGCCGGUGAGGAAGAAAGUGUCGGAGUCUGAGGAGGCCAACGUCAGCAACAACAUCUACGGCUCUGAUGUCUACAACUACACCGGCAAGAACCCACUUAGCUGAUUGCCGGACGUGACGUCACGCUCCGACGUCACUGAUGAGUCCCAUCCUUGGAUGCUUCCCAGCUACGUCCCACCGCCGCCUUCCCCAGUAGUCAACCUGGAAGCAUCAACAGCCAACCAGGACGCUUCUACGAUCAAUCAGGAUCCCCCUACAAACAAUCCAAACUCUUCGCCUGCGUAUUGUAUACCAAGCCAGGACUCUUCACCCUCGCAAUCGCACAAUCAGAGUGAAGAUACAUUUGAUGCAGCGAGUCUGAGACAAAGAAAAAACUGGUAGAACCUGUUGAUAAUUGACCUAGUAACCCCUGUCGUGACUUUGAGUUUGUUUCACCCGGCGUAAUUUGAUGGUGCAGGAGAGGUGAGACGAGCACUGGGAGUCCCACUUCGUUACUUGUUGUUUGCUCCCCCUUAGCCCAAUCCCUCUGGCUUGUGAAGAGCCGUGUGGAGGCUUUCGAAACUGACAUGUGAAAUGCCGCUCCGUGUCCCUUUCUGGCCAUAAUGAAGUGGAUCACUUUUUGUUAGUACCCACUUGAAACAUUCACGGUACGACACACUGGAUAACUAUUUAUAGUAUUGAAUUUUGUAUAGUAUUAGAUGGCCAUCUACAAACGACAAAAUGACCAUCUAAAAAGCAUCUAUGCGAAUGGUACGUGGUUGAAAAUGCACUCACCAUGCAGGUAGUUUUGGUCUCAGUAUGGAUUAGGAGUCUAAGCCAACGGUUUUCUGAUCAGAAAUAAACGGAACACGCAUCGAGGUGGUCAUACCUUGUCGGCUUGGCAGGGUUGCACCCAUGUAACCCGUCCACUACAUUUGUCAAAACGAGCAGAAAAUGGUGUACUAAAACACCUGAAUGACCGACACAAAACUUGACUGUGAGCCACUAUGAUUUAUUGUACGUCAUAUUUUGUCUGUUUGGGAUAUUGACGUUGGAUCUUCUCUUAAGGCAAGGGGCCAUUUCGAUUUCAUUUGAGGGCAAACUUGUGUGUUGUUAUGGCGUGAGACACUCCGCCCACUACCUCUCGGGACCAGUGUUCACCAAGCAUUUAAGUGUCCAUUUACAAAAACUGUUCAUCUUUCCUAAAAUAUGCCGGCUUAGUUUACAUUUAUUAAGCAGCAUAUGAGGUUCGACGCACUACGAGGUUCGCUAUAGCAAGAAUAACAUUGGGGUCGAGACCAACCUCGCAGCACCAUUUUCAAGCUUGUAAACUUGAAUAAAUACAAACUGCCCAAGAUAAAGAAAAAAUGUACAGGUUUCACAGGUGGACACUUAAGUCCUUGAUGAAUUCUGGCACUGGAUUUUACCCUAGGUCUAUUUUUCUUUUCUUUUUUUGAGUGGGGGGGGGCAGCACUUACAUUUUGUGUCGUCUUUAUAGUACACUUUCCCGGAGCAGUGAAAUUGGCUGUGAUUUGUCACUUGAAGGCUUUAGUAACUGGAUCUUAAAGGAAGAGAAAGCCUGGUGUGUUGUGAUGAGUGCUGGUGUGUGUUGUGAUGAGUGUUGUUGUGAUGAGUGCUGACAUGUACUCCCCAGCUCGCAAGAUGAGCUGUUAGCAGGUGACUGAUAGACAAGUUGUUAGCAAGCGGAAUGAUUGGUAUUGGUGGUACGAGCCGAUCCAGGAGGUAAUUGGUGGAAUGCUAAGAUCUAGCAGGCGAUUGGUGAAAUUAGUAUAGCAAGCAUUUGAAUGAUGUAGUGGCCAGUAGUGGCGGCUGACAGGAGGAAGUGUCAGCUUUGGGAGCUGGUAGCUGAUGAAAUGGUCAGCAGGACUGGCGAUUCCAUUUGUGUAGCGAGACACUGUCUUGUGUUGCUUUUGUUGCGUCUCGUGACCUAGAUCUUAGUUGUCUUGGGUUCUCUCGUUGGGAUAUUUUGCACCAGAAGUGUUUUUGUGCAGUGUGAGCAAAGGAAACACUUGACUUCUCAGAGAGAGGCGGAGUUUGUUGUGGUCACAAAGGUUCAUUAGCUCUUGUGUUCUGAGUAUUCCAGGUUCACCCAUGGUGGUAGACUUUUGUUGCACCAACCACACCACACAAGCGCACUUUAUAAUAAUCUGCCUUUACUCGUAUUUGCAUUAAUCUCCGCCUGCAGCCACUGGCAAUCUCUGAGGGCGUUGGUCACCACUUGUCUUCAGCUAAGGCGAGGCGCGCGCCGCUGGCGUGAAUGGUUGUUUGUUAUGAUGCUGCCACCUCCCCGACACUCAUUCUCCCUCACUUGUGUAUUAUAUCCGGCCUUCAGUGUCCUCACUCUUUAUGGGUUUGUUAUAUAUUUACUGGCGUUCUCAGAGGGGGCUAAACCUUGCACGUUCUCCUUUAGUAUUUUUUCUUCACGUAUUCCAUAUUUUCAAUAUAUUUUGUAGAUCCCUGAUCAUCCUUAGUAGUACACUUUAUUUCUAGGUUAUCAAACAUGAAUAAUUACAGUGCGUCAAUACACAGUUACCUUGUUACUGUUUGAAGUCAAAUUAGUCCUCACCAUUGUUGAUUUAGAGGAGGGUGUGUGUGAAUAUACACCAACUUGUAAUACUUGUUGCUACGUCUCUUCUACGACUGGCUUAACACAACUCAUAUUUUUUGGCCCUGCAAGUGUAUUGUAUAAAUAUUGAUGUAUUUUGAGGCAAUGAUACAUUGCUGUAUGUGUGAUUGUAUGUUAUAGGUGUUGUAAUACUGCUUGAGAAGAAACUCCGUUUUGUAAUGUGUAUAAUUCUUUUGUAAAAAAAAAUAACUAUGUAAGUGAAAAUACUAAACUUGAUGUUAGUAGUGUGAAUUUUAUUAUAUUGGCCUGGUUGUGAGAGAUACUGGGUCAAGGUGUGUGAGGUGCUGGGUCAUUUGUGAGACGAGUCAGUUGUGUGAGUAGGCCCCCCCCCCCCCUCCCUCAUAAACGAUGGCCAAAUGCUUGAUAGUCCAACCGCCAAGCCCCGUUUAUGAAUUUAAACACUUUACACAUAACUUUAGGUGAUUACGUCCUGACUUAAGAAGUGAUUCACUAUAUAUGUUCGAAUCAUUCCUAUCUGAAUACUUCAACAAUGUACUACAAAUAUAAAUUAUUGCCAACAGAAAUGAAACUAACCUAGGUCUAACUAAGGUUAGAUUCAAAAUUCAAAUAUAAUUUAUUUAUAUUUUAGAAAAUUUAGAAUUUUCAUACACAAUAUGGUCAAAUUUAUGAAUGCAUCUUUGUCGUCUGCCACUUCAUGGACGAACAAAGCUUGAGCAAGGGUUAAUGCUUCACCCAUGCUCUGUAAAUACAAAUUACUUAAAAUAUAACCAAAACACCCAACAUGGGCCUAUUAUUAAAACUAUAAUAUGCAUAAUAAUGUUUGUUUAUAUUUGAGAAAACCGGGGUUUUUUUAUUAAUAUGCUGAAUAAUUACCAAAUGGGUGUUUGAUAACGGCGGCAGCUUAGAUGAGCACAGGCUGAGCAUGAAUCGUUGAAGUAGCCCUACUGGGUCCGAAUGUGUCAAGGUAACGGGCCAGGUUGUAUAAAGUAGUCACUUAAAUUGUACAAUCAAACAGCCUUAACAGUCUUAUUCUUGAUUAAUAUUGGAAAGUUUUCAUCAUUAACCAAGAGACCUGUUAAACUGACUGUGUUUACAAAUGUCAGAACUGGAAUGUGACUGGAUUAUGUAAACAAUGCGCACCUCUGUCGACUCAUAUUGACAUUUGGUGGAAUUCCAUUUCUCAUUUGGUAUCAUGUUCAUAUAUGUGAUUUGUGUUCGUAUAGGCUGUAUACAAGAUGCAGCAUUCUGUCCCGCUGUGUGUGUGGAAAGUCUGAAAAUGUGGAAGUAUUGGGAGAGGUGUCGAGACCCUGAGUCUGGUGCCAUUUAGUGUGUGUCAGGGACUGUAGAUGUAAUAAUGAUGUCUUGUAGGUUUAUGGGGAGAAGGUGACCAAGGAAGCAAAGCCACCUCACAGCUCCUGCUUUCUCCUUCUUGACCCUACACAUGGACGAAGACCCCUGGGUCUGGUACAGACCAUACGCCACACUACCACUACUACUCCAUUGCCACCUUACCACUACCACCCCACCUCAACCCUGCUCUUUGCCUCCACAAAUAUGCACCACCACUCAUCACCACAACUACCCACCACCACAACUACCCACCACCACAACUACCCACCACCACAACUACCCACCACCACCACAACUACCCACCACCACCCACCACCACCCAUUGCCACAACUACUCAUUACCACAGCUAC